UGCAGAGCAGGGUUGAAGAUGAAUGCCAGAGGACUUGGAUCUCAGCUGAAGGACAGUAUUCCAGUUACUGAACUUUCAGCAAGUGGACCUUUUGAAAGUCAUAAUCUUCUUCAGAAAGGUUUUUCUUGUAUGAAAAAUGAACUUUUGCCUAGUCAUCCUCUUGAAUUAUCAGAAAAAAAUUUCCAGCUCAACCAAGAUAAAAUGAAUUUUUCCACACUGAGAAACAUCCAGGGUCUGUCUGCUCCACUAAAAUUACAAAUGGAAUUCAAGGCAGGAGAGCAGGUUCAGCAUCUUCCGUUUCUUUCAAGCUCAAACCUUUCCCUGGAUAUUUUGAGGGGUAAUGAUGAGACUAUUGGGUUUGAAGAUAUUCUUAAUGAUCCAUCACAAUGUGAACUAAUGGGAGAACCACACUUGAUGGUGGAAUAUAAACUCGGUUUACUGUAA